AUGAUGUUUCGCGAUCAGGUGGGCGUACUAGCCAGCUGGUUCAAAGGAUGGAACGAGUGUGAGCAGACAGUGGCUCUGCUGUCCUUGCUGAAGAGGGUGAGCCGGACACAGGCUCGUUUCCUGCAGCUAUGUCUGGAGCACUCCCUUGCAGACUGCACAGAACUGCAGGUUCUGGAGGCAGAUGCCAACAGUCCAGAGGUAAUCAGCCAGUGGCAAGGGGAGCCAAAAGAACGUGUCAUUUCACUCGUUCUCAACCAUUUACCACUACUCAAGCCAGGCAACGUAGAAGCCAAGGGGGAGUAUAUGCGCCUACUACCACGCAUUCUUGCGCACACUAUUGAACAUGGCCGUCACCUAGAAGAGUCUCGCCAGCUCUUAUCCUAUGCCCUCAUCCACCCUGCCACCUCCCUAGAGGACCGUGCUGCAUUGGCUUUGUGGCUCAACCACCUGGAAGAGAGGGCCGCUGCUACAGGAGACUCACUCGAAAGGCCGUCACCCGCUGGACCUCAUCACCAACAGUCCACGCCACCAUCUACCCUUACAUCAUCAGGAUCCUCCACAAACAGUUCCUCUUCAAGUAACCCAUAUGGGUUGCAUCACCACCAACGCUAUGGCUCAGACGAUCGCCUAAAUGGGUGGCAAAGCAGCAGAGAUUCAGGGCUGGGGGGAGGCUGGCAGCAGCAGAGCUGCGAGAACGGACACAUGCCGCUCUACCCAUCAUCCUCUGUGCCAACGACCAUCAACACUUUAGGAACUGGUGGAAGUGGUAAUGCCAUCCUAACGAGUGGGAGUGGCAACCAACCACACAGUCCACUGAAGCGCUCAGUGUCACUUACUCCACCAAUGAGUGGCCCAAGCAACCAUCCUAUGGGUCCUGUCUGGUUGUCCCAGGAAGAUCUACGUAGUAGUAGAGGCCCAGCCCCUGAUCACGCUCCCCUUUCCCCCCAAAGCAGCAUUGCUUCCUCAGGCAGUGGAGGAAGUGAACAUCUGGAAGAGGCCAGUCUAGGAGGAGGUUUAAGUCUUCAUCGCAGUUCCUUCCAUGAGGAGGGUAGCGGCAUGAGGGAUGUUCCUGCAUGGCUGAAGAGUCUCCGUCUCCAUAAGUAUGCAGCGCUGUUUUCCACUAUGACAUAUGAUGAAAUGAUGUCACUUACUGAAGAACAACUCGAGGCGCAGAAAGUCACCAAAGGAGCACGGCACAAGAUUGUUAUUAGUAUUCAAAAGCUAAAAGAGAGACAAAUCUUACUGCGCACUCUAGAAAAGGAUGUAUUGGAGGGCAGUAAUCUACGUGUACCACUGCAAGAACUUCAUCAGAUGAUCAUGACCCCUAUCAAGGCUUUCAGUAGUGGUGAAGAGACAUCCUUGCAGCGCCCUCCCAUAAAUCCAGAUUCCAAAAGCUCUACACCUGGGUCCCACCUCACUGGAGGAGGGGGAGAAGCUGAGGCAAGCUCAAGUGUCAUUGCUGAGGGGGAUCUACCAAGUCAGUUUACUCGUGUUAUGGGAAAAGUUUGCACUCAGCUAUUGGUGUCCAGGUCAGAUGAGGACAACAUCAGCUCCUACCUACAACUCAUUGACAAGUGUCUUAUACAUGAGUCCUUUAGUGAAACUCAGAAGAAGAGGCUGUUGUCAUGGAAGCAGCAGGUCCAGAGGCUGUUCAGAUCCAUUCCUAGAAAAACGCUCCUUGACAUUGCAGGUUACCGACCACAUAGAAGCAGUCGUGGAUUUGGUCAAUCUAACUCACUCCCCACCACAAGUUGUGUAGGGAGCAGUGUAAUGGCACGUAGAAGCCUUCGGCAGUUCCAAAUGCCCUCAAGGAGUUUACCAGGGGCAAGGCUGGGCCUUUUGGGCAGCAGUGGUCUGCUAGGACCCACACCUCGCAGCAGCAGCAGCACACCCUCCGGCCCUAAGCAAGGGAGACAGGGUCUGUGGUUUGCUAAUCCUGGAGGCAGCAACAGUAUGCCUAGCAGAACCCACAGCUCUGUGCAACGGACCCGUUCCCUCCCAGUUCACACAACCCCGCAAACUAUGGUCAUGUUCCAACAAGCUGAUCUUCAGUUACCAGUUACGGAGCCAGACAUCAACAAUCGUCUUGAAUCUUUAUGUCUAAGUAUGACAGAGCAUGCAUUGGGAGCCAAAGGUAGAGCUCAACCAAGGGACCGAGAGGCAUCCAAGAAACACAAGCCAACAUCGAUGGGGUUGGAAAAGACACUUCCUGCUAUGCCCAUCGACAUCUCCGCCAGAAAGGCAGGCCCGGAAGAAAGAAGUGAUAAGUUCAGAAGCAGUUCACCAUCAGCAGAGACUGACAUCCUGGGCUGA